AUGUUCUUUGCUGCUUGUAUAAGCCUCCCGAAGGGCAUGGAGACGUGCUACGCUGGAGAGAUUUCUAUGUACACAGAGAGAGAAAACAGAAUCCAGGUGGCAACUCUUGAGAAGACUCAGCUCAUUGCAAAGGAUUUUUCUGAGCUGCGCAUCCACUUCUGGCCCGACAAGAAAGAAUGGGUUUAUGUCUGUUAUGACAGAAUCUCAGUUAAUCACAAUCUCAAGCUGCAGUAUUACAUUCUUGCUAAGUCAGUCAACAAUGAUUAG